GACGUUCAGGGCGGGUUCCUCCGAAACUUGAACAACAAACAUGGCCUCCGGGAAAGCGACGCAAGAAACUAGCGGCGCUAAAAGUACCGUCGCAGAUGCGAAAAGUGGGAUUGGCUCUAAAACCAACAAGAGUGCAACUGCGAAGAAACCCACUGCGACCACUUCCAAAUCAAAAGGAGUUUCUAUCCAAUCUCGAUGCGUGCAGGCUGCUGAGAGAAAGUCUGUUUCAAGGAGUAACUCGCUUAACAGUGAUUCUGUGAGUUUACCACAGAGACCCUCCUCGCCUAAACCCAGCACUUCCAAAGUAAAAGUAGGCACUCCUGUGCGAUGCUCCAUGGGCCCUGCAGCUUUGGGAAUAUCAAAUGGGAAGAUUGUCCCAUCUCGGUACAUGCAAGCUGCUGAGAAGUCCUCUCUUUCAAAGAGUAACUCCCACAACAACGAUUCCGGGAGUUCACAACAAAAGUUCUUGUCGCCUAAACCCGUCCGUGCGAAAUGCGCCCCUGCGCAAUGCUCCAUGGUCCCGCCAGCUCAUGGAACAUCCAAGGCGACACAUCGGGAUGAAUCUUCAGUCUUACAAAACAUGGUCCUCCAGUCCACCUUCUCCGACGGACACAACUUCCGUCCUGAUUUUGAUAUUUCAGCCAUUGGAGGUAAAACAGUGCACCAAAGUUCUGAAGAGACUAAGAGGAGCCAAGAAGAUGACGACAAGAAGUGCAUCGAGAUGCAAGCGUGGCCUUUGGCUUUUCUCACAGCCAAGAUGGCUCAUAACAUGGCCAAGCUGAAGCCCGAGGCGGAGGCGAGGCUGCUGCACAUGAUGGAGGAGGAGGCGGCGCUGCACAGCGAGGUGAUGGAAAAGAAGCGGCAGUACCUCCUCAUGGAGAAGCGGAGGCUGGCCAAUGAGCUUCUGGACUUGCAGAUUUCUGAUUUGACUCCUGCGUCAGAAGCUGUCAAACCCUUCACAGAGUCAUACAGGACUUUGGCCUCAGCUGUCGACACCACCCGACACGUGCUGCCGGUCAGGAACUUCCACAUUGCCGGCGACGGGCGGGAAUUUCUCGGUAAAGCAGAGGCUUGUUUGAAGGAAAGCGAGGUGCUUCUGAAAGACUUAACAGAGGGAGAUCACGAGGACAACCGUGUCGCUCUGGAGUCCCUUCAAGGAAUUAAGAGGGACUCGAAAGACAUGCUUCAGCAGUUGCCUGGAUUGCUUUCCGAACUGCUGGAGUUGUCAUCGCUACAUUCCCGUCGCGGCGUCUUAGUACAGCAGGCUGAGGAGGAGGAGAAAAUGGGCUCUGCCAGGGUCCUGGAACUAUACUGCCCAAAACGGUGACAGCGUGGGAAUAUAAUCUACAUUCACUUCCCACGACCAGUUUGAUGCUCUCUUUUGAAAUAAAUAAAUACAUUUCCUCAAUUUACCUUUUAAUUGUGUAAUGUGGAUACAUUUGUGAUGUGGAGACUCUGAUCAUGUUAAUGAUUUCUCGCAAUUAAUCGGUGUUAUGAUUGGACUUAUUUUAGAGCAGGCCCACGCACAACUUGUGGUCCUCGCAGGCAACUUGGUAUCCAUGUGUGUCACCACUGCAAUAAAAGGGUAAAUAGCAAAAUUC